AUGAUGCAUCGAGAUUUAAAAAGCGCCAAUAUAUUUUUGAUGCCAACUGGUAUUAUCAAACUGGGUGACUUUGGUUUCUCUAAGCAGUAUACAGAUUCUGUUUCGCUAGACGUUGGCUCCUCGUUUUGCGGGACCCCGUACUAUCUCGCACCAGAACUUUGGGAGAGAAAAAGGUACAGCAAAAAGGCUGAUAUGUGGUCACUUGGGGUUAUUCUGUAUGAACUUUUGACUCUGCACCGCCCUUUCAAAGGUCCGUCUCAACGUGAAAUCAUGCAGCAGGUGCUGUAUGGUAAGUAUGACCCUUUUAGCUGCGCCGUGUCUGAUGGAAUGAAGGGACUUAUGGAUCCUUUGCUCUCAAAGGAUCCCGCGGCACGCCCUACCACCACACAGUUGUUGCAAACGGAGCUCUUGAAGUAUGUGGCUAAUAUAUUUGAAGAAAUUGUGCGAAACUCCGAAGUCAUUGAGAAACACGACAAGGAGCGCAUCCUUAAGCAGCUUUCAGAGGCACGGGUGAAAACGCCGUCCCCAAAUGCCGUUCAACCAGGUUUAGUAAGUACCGAUGUGCUGCGUGAAGGAUAUCUUUUAAAGUAUAGUUCAGAUAUGAAAUGGAAAAAGCGAUUCUUUUCUAUUAAAAAUGGGCAGCUGCGUAUUUCCCUCAGCGAAAACCCCGAGAAGGACGGUGUCUCUCCAAAGUCUGCCAGUCUGGAGACAGUCAAUGAUAUAUUUCCGGUGCCGGAGGCCUACUGUCGCUCUAACCCCAAUCAGCUGGUCAUUUGGUUCACCAAUGGUCAAAAGAUAAUUGCCAUGGCAAAGUCUGCAGAGGAGCGCGAUAUAUGGAUUUCCGACUUUCAACGAGCAUGUGGCAUGUAA